AUGACUAGUGUAGAUAUACCGAUAAAUGAUAUUGAUUAUGAAGCGUUAUUUGGUGGAUUUGAUACACUUUCAAAUAAGACUACAUCGCCAACAACUGAAAAUGAUACAGACAGUCGAAUAUCAGACACACCGCCUAUGAUGACUGAUUUACAUAAAAAUUUUGACAUUUGGCCAUGGAGUAUGGAUAGUCCACUUUCCGAUGAUCCCAAUGGUGAACAUUAUGAUAUAAAUGCAUUAAUGAAUGAACAAAAUCAUUUAAUGCUUGCUGAUGGUUUAACUGAUUCAGACAAUUCAACACUUGAUGAUUUACUUGCAGGAUUCGAAUUACCUGAUCAAUCAAAUCCAGACACAUUACAACAAAUACCAUUACUUUCACCAACAUCAGCUCAAAAUCCGUAUCCGUCACCACCUCCAUCAUCAAGUAUUGUUCCUUCUUCCCCACCUAUAUCAAAUCAACGACCAAUACUUUUACCAAAAUUAUCAUUAAAUCAAAAUAAUUAUUCUCAACAACAAAUAACUAAUUGUGUUAAACUUCAAUCUUAUGCCAGUACAGCAUCAACUGGUACAAAAUGUGUUAAAAUCGAACCAAUAAUCAAUACAACACCACCAUCCCAUCCACCGCCAGCAAAUAUAACAAUAAUUACAACAUCAAGGCCUAUUAAUGUUUCAAAAGUACCUGUAAUCAAAAUGCCAUUAACAGCAACAACAAUGACUACACCAAUCACUAUUGUUAAAACAGAAGCUGAUCCAGUUACACCAACGACUGUUAAGCGUAUUACGACAGUUUAUCCAAAUAAUAUGCAUACUGAUAAUCAACAAACAUUAACAACAGGAACAUUUCUGAAAACAUUAAAUGGAAAUAAUUCAAUGACUUCACCACCAGCUAAACGACGACGUUCAGAAAGUUCAACAAAUCAUCAACAAUUACCUACGCAACCAUCAGAAAUAACAACAUUAACAUUAGAUCAAUUGAAAGUUCAGUAUGGAAAUGUUAGUGAAGAAGCAUUGAAAAAACAUCUUCGUAUGAUUAAAAAUCGUGAAUCAGCAUCACUUUCACGUAAACGACGAAAACAAUUAAUGGAAAAUCUUGAAGUUAAAGUUAAAGAAUUAUCGGAUGAAAAUGAAAGAUUAAAAAGUGAAAAUACAAAAUUACUUACACGUGUUCAUACAUUAGAAAUGGAGAAUGAACUUUUGAAAACUUAUAAACUUGGUAAUGGAAUAACAUCACCACGUGCUCGUAAACCAUUGAUACUCAUGGGCAUUGUUCUUUUGGUUGUCUUCAAUAUAUGUACCUUGAACUUUAUUUCACCUGUUUCAAAUGAUCCAUCAAGUUCGAUUGCUUUAUAUAAUAGUCGUUCUGGUUAUAAUGAUGAAGGAACAAUUAUUCCUGGUCGAACGAUUCUUAGUGCUCAUCUGAAUAGUAAUGGCAAAUCAUACGUAACUAAUAAUGAAAAUGAUGAUAGUUCAGGUAUUGGUAAUGGGAAUAAUGAUAAUAAUUCUCCACUUAUACCAGCCUAUCCAUAUUUACAAUGCGUGGCUUAUAUUAAUAAAACACAUUCACAACGAAUCAAUCAGGAACUUCGUUCUUGGGUUCAAGAUCAUUAUCGACAAGAAGAAAAUAUUGAUAAAACUAAACCGGUUACAAUACUUAAUUCAAAUUCAAUUAGCAUUCCAACAAAUCCUGAUAUAACAACUAUGACAGAUUCUAAUGAACAACAACAACAACAUAUACCAAGAAAAGUUGCUGUAUUGAAUCGACGAACACCAAAAGCACAAUCAGCAGGUAAAGGACAACUUCAACCAUACAAAGGAUAUGAACCAAAUUAUGAUGAAUUUAUUCAUGCAAUUGAUCGAAAAAAUGAUACACUUUAUUUUGUAUCAUUCAAACGAGAUCAUCUUAUUCUUCCUGCAACGGUAACAAAUCAAACUCAACGACCAAAAAUGUCUCUAAUUUUACCAGCAUCAAUUACACAUUUAAAUAAAUCCAUACAUGUACCAGCUAAUCAUGUACCUAUGAUACAAAUUGAUUGUGAAGUUGAAGAUACAAAACUUGUUUUUGUAAAACGUGGUCAUAUUCCAUCAUAUUAUCGACAUGAUCUAUUUCGAUAUUAUUCAUCAGUUCCGCAAACAACUGUUUAA